GAGGCAGGCGGGCUGGGACACACGAGGCCGGGAGCGUGAAGGCAGGCUGCACCCUGGCACGACUCACCCCGGGCUCACGCCCAGCACCCCACACCCAGGAGAGCUCACCAUGCUGUUGUGGGUGCCACAGGCACUGCUGGCCUUGCUUCUGCCCACGCUUCUGGCACAGGGAGAAGCCAGGCACUGGAGGCCCCUCCAGGCCCAGAACACCUCCAGGCCAGCUCUGCUGAGGCUGUCAGAUCACCUUAUGGCCAACUACGAGAAGGGCGUGCGGCCCGUGCGCGACUGGAGGAAGCCCACCACCGUGGCCAUCGACGUCAUUAUCUAUGCCAUCCUCAGCGUGGAUGAGAAGAACCAGGUUCUGACCACCUACAUCUGGUACCGGCAGUACUGGACUGACGAGUUUCUCCAGUGGAACCCCGAGGACUUUGACAACAUCACCAAGCUGUCCAUCCCCACCGACAACAUCUGGGUCCCAGACAUUCUCAUCAAUGAGUUUGUGGACGUGGGGAAGUCUCCAAGUAUCCCGUACGUGUACGUUGGGCAUCACGGCGAGGUCCAGAACUACAAGCCCCUUCAGGUGAUGACCGCCUGUAGCCUCGACAUCUACAACUUCCCCUUCGACGUGCAGAACUGCUCCCUGACCUUCACCAGCUGGCUGCACACCAUCCAGGACAUCAACAUCUCCCUGUGGCGUCUGCCGGAAAAGGUGAAGCUCGACAAGACUGUCUUCAUGAACCAGGGCGAGUGGGAGCUUCUGGGGGUGCUGACCCAGUUCCGGGAGUUCAGUAUGGAGGACAGCAGCCAUUACGCAGAAAUGAAGUUCUACGUGGUCAUCCGCCGGCGGCCCCUGUUCUAUGCGGUCAGCCUGUUGCUGCCCAGUAUCUUCCUCAUGCUCAUGGACAUCGUGGGCUUCUACCUGCCUCCAGACAGUGGAGAGAGGGUCUCCUUCAAGAUCACGCUCCUCCUGGGCUACUCCGUCUUCCUCAUCAUCGUGUCGGACACGCUGCCGGCCACAGCCAUUGGCACUCCCCUCAUUGGAGUCUACUUCGUCGUGUGCAUGGCAUUGCUGGUGAUGAGCUUGGCUGAGACCAUCUUCAUCGUGCGGCUGGUGCACAAGCAGGACUUGCAGCAGCCCGUGCCCGCCUGGCUACGGCACCUGGUUCUGGAGCGGGUGGCGCUUCUCCUUUGCCUAGGGGAGCAGCCAGCUUCUCGACGGCCCCUAGCCACCUCCCCAGCCACCAAGACCGAUGACUGCACAGACCGAAACCACUGCAGCCAUUUGGGAGACCCCUGGGACUUGGAGAAGACCCCAAGGGGCCGAGACAGCCCCCCGCCACCACCGCGGGAGGCCUCGCUGGCAGUUCGAGGGCUGCUACAGGAGCUGGCCUCCAUCAGGCGCUUCCUGGAGAAGAGGGACGAGAGCAGAGAGUUGGCCCGGGAGUGGCUGCGCGUGGGCUCCGUGCUGGACAGGCUGCUGUUCCGCGUCUACCUGGUGGCGGUGCUGGCCUACAGCGUCACCCUCAUCACUCUGUGGUCCAUCUGGCAGUAUUCUUGAGUGGGCAUGGCCCAGCAGGGGUGCAGGGGCGUCAGGCACUGGCGAGAAAAGGGAUGGGGUGCAGGACCCAGAGGGAGCCACAGACGUCUUCGAGACCCUGUCCAAAGCCAGUGUGUCUCAGCAACUCUGAACCAGGGCUGAGACUUCCCCAGAACGCUUGGCGUUCAAGACCCUUCCACCCCUGCCUCCCACCCCCAACUUACUAUGGCUUUAAAACAUGCUGCCAUAGAUCAGGACCAACCCAGGCAUCCCCUGCCUUCAUUCUAUUCAUCUAUGCCUCAAGCCUUGGUUUCCCCUUGUCCCCUCCCUGCAUAUGGCACUUUGGACUUCAGCCCAUCUCCCUCAACCUUGGUUUUAGAUUCGAGGCAAA